AUGUUGAGCCCUUUCAGCUGUGGCUUUUUCCACCCAGAAGAUGUUCACGAUGAACCCAUAAGUUCCAGUCCUUGUUCAACUCCAAGAAGAUCGUCCAGAAGAAGCAGCAAGGACAGCAAAAACCCAUACUCAAGCCGCGGCCUUGACAAGUUCUCUGCACUCUUAGCUGAUCUUGAAGAGAAAAGGCAGAAGAUUUAUGCAGAAACGCCCCCACAGGACAUAUCGUUUGUCCGCUUUGUGUUCAAGGACUCAAACGACGACGUCCCCGUCCCGAUCGUGAUCAAAGUGAAGGACAAAAAGGAAGACCAAAACAACAACAAAAUCAGCAAGCCUGAUCAACAUCAGGCACUGGUAAAAGAAAAGCAUGUAACACCACUCGAUAAAUUUACCGUUGAGCCCUCAACACCCACCAAGGAAGUGUCCCAGGAGCAACCCAAGACUGAUGAUAAGAAGAGGAGGGCGUUUUGGUCAUGGAGUUUCAGUGACAUGAGCUUGGGCUUGUGGAAAAGGCCAUCUUUUUAUUUGCCAGUGGUUAUGGUAUUCAUUUUGGUGCUGUUGACUGUGUUCGGGAGAUCUGUUGCUAUACUAUGCACCUCUAUUGGUUGGUAUGCAUUGCCAACGUUGAAAGAGAGCAGCAGCAGCACAAGAAGAGCAUCAAAGAAAAAAGACCACGUUAGAAGAUUCAGUGACAACAAUAAUAAGACGGCAGCCGAUCAUCAUGGCUUGUCUUCUCCAAAGAGUAGUAGCCCCACCGCCGGUACGCCCCGUUCGCAACAGCACGGUCACCGGAAAAGCUGGUGA